GAGGUGCAGGUGGAGCUGCAGGGCUCUGAGCUUUGGAAGAGGUUCCACGAGAUCGGCACCGAGAUGAUCAUCACCAAGGCCGGCAGGCGGAUGUUCCCAUCGGUCAGGGUGAAGGUGAAGGGGCUGGAGCCAAUGCAGCAGUAUUACAUUGCCAUCGACGUCGUGCCAGUGGACUCCAAACGGUACAGGUACGUCUACCACAGCUCGCAGUGGAUGGUGGCAGGGAACACGGACCACUCCUGCAUCACACCACGGCUCUACAUCCACCCCGACUCCCCCUGCUCGGGGGAAACAUGGAUGAGGCAAAUCAUCAGCUUCGACCGGGUGAAGCUCACCAACAACGAGAUGGACGACAAGGGGCACAUCAUCCUGCAGUCCAUGCACAAGUACAAGCCCCGCGUCCACGUUAUCGCCCAGGACUCCCGCUUCGACCUGGCGCAGAUUCAGUCGCUGCCAGCCGAAGGGGUGCAAACCUUCUCCUUCCAAGAGACCGAGUUCACCACGGUGACGGCCUACCAGAACCAGCAGAUCACCAAGCUGAAGAUCGACAGGAAUCCCUUUGCCAAAGGCUUUCGGGACCCUGGCAGGAACAGGGGAGUGCUGGAUGGGCUCCUGGAGCCGUUCCCAUGGCGGCCACAACUCGCUCUGGACUUGAAGGCUUUCGGGGCAGACAGUCAGGGCAGCAGCUCCAGCUCUUCCCCGGUGACCUCCAGUGCUGGGACACCCUCUCCUCUCAACCCGCUGCUGUCCCCUCCGUGCUCACCUCCCACCUUCCACCUGGCUGUGAGCAGUGCCGGCGCACCGUGUCCUGAGCCCCACCUGCCCGGCCUCGGCGUGCCCCUCUGCUACCGGCUGUGCUCCGCCAACCUCCUCCGCCAGCAGCCCCUCAUCCUCCCCAGCCACCAGAAGCCAGGCGGCCCUGCUCCCCCCGUCCUGCCCCACUUUGUGGUCGAUGUGCCCAAGCUCUCCUCCCUCGGUAUCGCCAGCCUGAAGAGCUCGAAGUCUGAAGACCUGAACGGGCCGUGUCUGCAGGUCCCCAACUCCGCCAGCCAAAUGCUGUAUGGAUUACACGCAUCUGGAAACAUUUUCCCAUCGAGUCCCAUUGCUCGGGAAGCACUUAAUUGUUCCUUACAUCCUCCAUAUGGUUUGUACGGCUACAGCUUCUCCGUGCCAUCCAGACUGACGAGCGCGGCGAGCCAUUUUGGGGUGAGUGACAGCCUGCCUGCUGCCUUCAGGGACGGCCGGUGCAAUCACCCCAGCUGGCACUCAGCAAUUAACCACUGCCUUUAGCGGGAUGCUGUCAUGUUCCUGAGCGCAUCGCUAUGUAACGCAAACCCGUUCCCUGGUCAGACCCAGGGUCUUGAUAAUUGCUGAGUACGAAACACGGUGCGGUGCUGGAGCAGGCUGAUGGGCCUUUAAUUUGGGGCUAAACGUGCAGUAUUGCAGGCAGCACGGAGGGCUGUGGUGAUCCAAGCAGGCCGAUACCCAUCGGUGAUAUUUGUGUAGGGUUGUAAGGGAUGGGUGAGCGGUGCAGACACCUUUGUACUAUUUGCACUCUGAAGUGGGAACAUAGAUGCAUGCAUUUCCACAGAUCUGUUUUCCUGAAACUAUCGAGCUUGCCUACAGUCAGUCCUGAGCCGCACCAGCUCCUGCUCAUCCUCCCUGUGGAUUUCCCCUAAUUUCAAAGGGAUCCUCAGAGAGUGAGGGUCAGCAGAGGAGCUGCAUGCGCUCAUGUGUUGACUUGGAGCUGGUCAACCCCAUGGAAGUGCCUCGAUGGACCCACAUCGCAAUGCAGACAUAGGUUGAAGGCUCUGGUGCUGCGUUAAGGACACAGAGCCCCACACAGGUCUUCCCAGAGCCGUCCCCUCGCAUCCCAUCCCCACGCAGUGCUGGGGGAUGAGAGCAGGAGCUGCAGAGGAUGAGGACUGAGCAGAGUUCUGGACACCCCUCCCACAGUCCCAUUCAUUUUAUUUUCACCCGUGAUAAUUGUGUUAUUCCUGUAAAUAAUCUCUGGCUCUGGGGGCACAGUGCGGCUCGCUGUAAGUUGGGGCACAGCUUAUAUUCGCUCCCCAAAGCCAUUUCUGUUACCUAUGACAGAUGUGAUACAAAGUGCCUGACGGGGACCUGCCGUAU